UCCAAUAGAAUGUGAACUGAAAAUUCAGUGAAAAUCAAUAGAAUUAAUAGGAUUAAAAGGAUCGAUAAGAUUUAUUGUUAAUUCAAAGUAAACUCGCAAAGUAGAGACAAAUCUGGUAACUUAAAGUAGGAUAAUAGAUGUCACUGUGUCACCUAAAGUCUUGUUUUGUUUUGUUUUUGUUUCUUUACGCGACCAACUUUAAAAAAUGGUUAAAGGAGUUUUAAUUGAUUUGAGUGGAACUCUUCACAUUGAUGACUUUGUGAUACCUGGAGCGAUCGAAGCUAUUAACAGGCUUCGUCAAAAAGGAGUUAAAAUCCGUUUUGCAACAAACACUACCAAAGAAAGUCGUCGAUUGUUACAUGAAAGGUUAAUUAGAUUGGGCUUUGAUGUCAAACCUGAUGAGAUACACACUUCAUUAACAGCAGCGGGUGAUCUAUUAAUUCAAUGUAAUUUAACUAAGCCUUUUUUAAUGAUUGACGAGAAAGCCAUCGAAGAUUUCCAGGAUAUUGUUGAAACAAAUGUUGAACCUAAAGAUGCUGACUCUGUGGUGAUUGGUUUAUCUCCAAGCCAUUUUAACUAUCAAUCACUCAACGAUGCUUUCAGUUGUAUAAUGAGAGGUGUUCCUUUGAUUGGUAUCCAUAAAUCACGAUAUUUUAAAAAAUACGAUGGCCUUGCACUUGGGCCUGGUGCCUUUAUUGCUGCCCUUGAAUAUUCAACUGAUUGUCAGCCAAUUAUUGUUGGAAAGCCAGAGAAAAAGUUUUUUCUUGAUGCGAUCAAACCAUUUGACCUGAAACCUGAAGAUUGCUAUAUGAUUGGAGAUGAUGUUCGAGAAGACAUUCGAGGUGCACAAUCUGCUGGAUUCCAUGGCAUCUUAUUGCAAACAGGAAAAUAUCGUUCUGGUGAUGAGGAAAAGAUUAAUCCUAAACCAGAACAUGUCUUUCCAUCUAUUGCCGAAGCAGUUGAUCACAUUUUGAAGCAAAUUGAUGGAUAAAGUGAUGUUUCUUCCAAUUUUAAUCUACCAAAUUUUAUAGUUUUUUUCGAUAAAUUUGCAAGAAUUGCCAAGAAUUAUAUCUUACAAUUAAAAACAUUUAUAAUUGCUUUAGCUGUGAUUGUAGGCGAAUGUAAUUUCGAGAUUAGACUCAUUGAAAGUUGAAGUACAAUAAAUUAAACCAAACAUUGAUGAAAAUGUUUUAAUGGA